UACUAUAUAAUACAAUUUACCGGUCAACUAGCCCAUACCAUGGCUAUGCUACACCCACCCAAGUGAUUCGUAUCCAUACUGAAAUUGAAUAAACAGAUGGAUCUUCCUUCUCCUUUCAGUAAACUACUACUCAUCAUCUUCCUUUUCCUACCCUUUACUAUUUCCGGCCUUGACACAAUUACUUCGACCCACCCUCUCAGAGAUGGCGAGGUCCUAGUCUGUGCUCGAAAAGCCUUCGCUCUCGGGUUCUUCAGCCCUCCAAAUUCCCACAAACGCUAUGUUGGAAUUUGGUAUAAGAACGUUACUCAGCAAACCGUUGUUUGGGUCGCAAACAGAGACAAUCCCAUCAAUGAUUCCUCUGGAGUAUUGGCCAUCAAUGGCCGUGGAAAACUCAUCAUCUAUGGCCAUCAAAGCCCAGAACAUCCUAUUUGGGUCGCGAAUAUUUCAGCACGCUCUUCGCCAAACAACAACAACUCCGUAGCCAAGCUUUUAGAUGUCGGAAAUCUUGUUCUCUUUCACAACACCACUUCGCAGCAGAACGAUGUCGUAUGGCAAAGCUUCGAUUACCCAACGGACACCAUGCUUCCUUUCAUGAAACUUGGGCUGGACCGCAAAUCCGGAUUGGACCGGUUCCUGACUUCUUGGAAGUCCACGGAUGAUCCGGGUACAGGAAACUGCUCCUACAGGAUCGAUCCGAAUGGAUAUCCACAGCUCUUCUUGUAUAAGGGUCGGGUUCCCUGGUGGCGUGGUGGACCUUGGACGGGUCAUAGAUGGAGCGGUGUACCGGAGAUGACACCCAAUUUUAUCUUCAAUGUCAGUUACGUAAAUAAUCAGGACGAGAUUUCGAUCACGUAUGGUAUUCUCAACGAUUCUAUAUUUUCGAAAAUGGCAGUGGAAGAAUCAGGACUCGUUGAGAGAUCCACGUGGCAAGUUCAAACCCAAGGAUGGAACAAGUUCUGGUCUGCCCCAACGGAGUGGUGCGACGAGUACGGCAAGUGUGGGGCGAACGGUAAUUGCGACCCCAGUAUUACGGAUAAAUUCGAGUGCUCGUGCUUACCAGGCUUCGAACCCAAGUCGCCACGGGAUUGGUUCCUCAGAGACGCGUCGAGUGGGUGCGUGAGGAAACAAGGGGUUCGCACGUGCAGGAGUGGAGAAGGGUUCGUGAGAUUGACACGUGUGAAGGCUCCCGACACUUCAAAGGCACGUGUGAAUAUGAGUUUGGGUUUGAAAGCGUGCGAAGAGGUUUGCUUGGGGGAUUGUAAUUGUACGGGUUACAUGAGUGCAGAUGACAGACAGGGAGGGAUUGGGUGCUUGACAUGGCACGGGAAUUUGGUGGACACUAGGAUGUAUCCCACUGUGGGGCAAGAUCUUUACGUACGUGUGGAUGCUACUACGCUAGCUGAAUAUGCAAAAGGGUCAAAUAAUUCUAUCAGCAAGGGUUGGAAAGUGGCAAUUUCGGUAGGGUCAGCUAUGGUACUAUGCUUUUUUCUGGUUCUCCUAGCUUAUCUGAAGGCAAAGAGGAAAAGAAAAGUGAAAGAAAGGCAGAACGCAUUUCCAUAUAGUGCUUCCUUGAAUUCAACCUAUUUUGAAGACUCUCCAGCGAGAAAGGAGCUUGAUGAAAGUACAAGAAAUUCAGAUUUACCAUUCUUCGGCAUAAGUACCAUAGCGGCAGCAACAGGCAAAUUUUCUGAUGCUAACAAGCUUGGAGAAGGUGGUUUUGGCUCCGUUUAUAAGGGGGUACUCCAUAAUGGAAAGGAAAUAGCAGUGAAAAGACUAUCGAAGUAUUCUGGGCAAGGCAGUGAAGAGUUCAAGAAUGAAGUUAUGCUUAUUGCAAAACUCCAACACAGGAACCUUGUGAGGAUUUUAGGUUUCUGCGUUCAUGAAGACGAGAAGAUGUUAAUCUAUGAGUACUUGCCAAAUAAAAGCUUGGACUUCUUCAUUUUUAAUGAAACAAAUAGGAAAAUAUUAGAUUGGAGGAAACGCUUUGAUAUAAUUUGUGGGAUUGCUCGAGGGAUCUUAUAUCUUCAUCAAGAUUCAAGAUUAAGAAUCAUACAUAGAGAUCUAAAGGCCAGCAAUAUUCUACUAGAUGAAGCUAUGAACCCCAAAAUAGCAGAUUUUGGCAUGGCUAGAAUAUUUGGAACGGACCAAAUUGAAGCAAAUACAAAUCGCGUGGUGGGAACAUAUGGUUACAUGUCUCCAGAAUAUGCAAUGGAAGGAUUAUUUUCAAUAAAAUCAGACGUAUACAGUUUUGGAGUUUUGAUGCUUGAGAUUAUUACCGGAAAAAAGAAUUCUGGUUACUUUCAUGAGGAGACCGACUCCAAUUUGGUUGGACAUGUUUGGAACUUGUGGCGAGAUGGAAAAUGCGUGGAAAUACUUGACUCAUCUUUGGAUGAAUCAUUUACUAAAGAAGCAUCAAGAUGCAUACAAAUAGGGCUGCUAUGCGUGCAAGAGCAUGCAUCGGAUAGACCAUCCAUGUCAACAGUUAUAUUCAUGUUGGGUAAUGAUGCAGCUCUUCCUUACCCAAAGCCACCUGCAUUUGUAAUAAAGAGAAGCGGCACUAGCGGAGACCCAUCAACCAGUGCUAAUUCUAUUAAUGAAGUGACAUGUACUGUGAUUGAAGCUCGCUAAUGGCCUAGCCUCCUGUUAGAUUUGUAUUUAAAUUCUCAUUAGAUAUAACCUAUUAUACUGGACAUAUCUACAUUAAUGUAUUUUUUUUAAUCAUAUAAUGAUAUAAAUAAUUUUUCCCUCUUAAAAA